AGGUAUUAGUACCUAUAUAAAGGUCUCACAAACCAUAAUCAUAAGAGCAUAUCACAAUUCACAACACGAUGACGCUAUAUAAGGCAUCACUUGUUGUGGGUGUAACAGUUGCAUUCAUCGCUUUAACCCUCGGAGAAAACUAUAAAGGAGGAGUCCAGGGUUCUACCAGCCUAUCUGGAUCAAGCGGAGGCCUAGCUGGCCUAGGAGGAAGUAGCCAUGGAUCCGGAAGUAGUCAAGGAGAUUUAAGUGGAUCUGAUAAAGGUGGCUCCAGUGGUGGCCUGGCUGGCUUAGGAGGAUCUAAAAGUGGUCAAGGAUCAAGCGGUAGCUACAGUGGCUCAAGCGGAAGUCUGGGAGGUUCAACUGGAGCUGGACUAGGAGGUUCUAGUGGUAGCCAUGGAUCGAGUAGUGGUCAAGGAGGUUCAAGUGGGUCUGGAAGUCUAGGAGGUUCUGGUGGCAGUCACGGAUCUGGAAGUAGCUAUGGUAGUUCAAGUGGAAGUCUGGGAAGUUCUGGUGGAAGUCUAGGAGGUUCAGUUGGAACUGGGUUAGGAGGUUCCAGUGGUAGCCAUGGAUCGAGUAGUGGUCAAGGAGGUUCAAGUGGGUCUGGAAGUCUAGGAGGUUCUAGUGGCAGUCACGGAUCUGGAAGUAGCUAUGGUAGUUCAAGUGGAAGUCUGGGAAGUUCUGGUGGAAGUCUAGGAGAUUCAGUUGGAACUGGACUAGGAGGUUCUACUGGUAGCCAUGGAUCCAGCAGUGGUCAAGGGGGUUCAAGUGGGUCUGGAAGUCUGGGAGGUUCUGGCGGAAGUCACGGAUCUGGAAAUACUCAAGGUCUGAGCGGUAGCUACGGUGGUUCUUUGGGUCACAACAGUCAUCCCAAAUCUGUUGGAAAACAGUGAAAAUUUAAUAAACGUCUACUGAAUUAUGAUUUUAUUUUGUUGCCUUUAAUAACAGUUUUAUCACUGCAAAAAGUAAAAUAAAUAUACCAACUUACUAUGUGUUA